AUGGCUAGUAAGAGAAUGUACAAUAGUGAGUUCCUUAACCUGGGCUUCACACAUGUAACUCAUCAAGGCGUGCUUAAACCACAAUGUGUUAUUUGUGGAGAAGUCUUAAGUAACGAAUCCUUCAAGAAAAAAGAACUUAAACGACAUUUGGAGGGAAAACACAAUGGACUUGUCAACAAGAACCGGAGCUUUUUUGAAAGAAAGGAGCAGCAACUGAAAAGGCAGAGACUGGAUGCUCCUACCAACCCAGCAGUUACCGGCAUGCAACAAGCAACACUUGCGUCAUACCUGGUAAGCUGGAGAAUUGCAAGAACUAAAAAGCCAUAUACGAUUGGUGAGAAACUGAUAAAGCCUGCAGCUCUUGAUUUGGUGCAAACAACAAAUGGAAAUGAAUUUGCCAAGAAAAUUGAACAUGUUCCUCUUUUGCAUGACACAGUUAAAAAACUAAUUCAGAGUAUGUCCUGCAACAUUAAAUCACAGGUGAUAGCAGCCAUAAAAGAGAGUGGGCAGUUCAGUCUCUGGCUAUACGAGUCAACUGAUUUGAGUGAUGACACCCAACUCAUGACUUAUGUACGCUAUCAAGGUCAAGAAGACAUGGAAGAAGAGUUUUUGUUCUGCCGGCCACUGCAAACCACAAUAACAGGAGAGGAUAUUUUCAUGAUGGUGGAUUCAUUCUUCAGGGAAGAAGGACUUAACUGGAAACAGUGUUAUAGCAACGAAAACUAUUCUCUCAGCCAAGUCCAAGACACUAUUGGGCAACACAUGUCCAAGCUGGUCACAGAAUUUGACCAUUACAUUCCAGAAAAUGCACAUAAAUACAGUUGGAUCAGAAACCCAUUCAACAUUGAAGCUGAAGAUCUACCUGAGGAAAUUUCAAACAUCCACAACCUACAGGAGCAGCUUAUUGAGAUCCAGAGUGAUGAAGCACUUCAUUAUGAUUUUAAAAGGCAACAUGCAUCACUAAGCUCAUUUUGGAUAAAAGUGUACAAAGAAAAGCCAAUUCUUGGAGGUGAAGCCAGGAAAGCCCUCCUUCCAUUUGCUACAACAUAUUUGUGUGAGGCAGGAUUUUCUGCCCUGACAGUCACGAAGACCAAGUACAGAAACAGCCUACAACCUGAGGAUGAUCAAAGAUGCAGUCUAACAUCAAAAUCACCCAGAUUUGAGGAGCUGGUCAACACACUUCAGUGUCAAGGCUCUCACUGA